CGCCCGAGUCGCCUCUCGCCGGUGCGCUGAACUGUGGGCUCCUGGCCGUGCGCGGCAGCAUGGCCCAGCCUGUGCAGCUGGCUCCGGGUUCCUUGGCGCUGGUGCUGUGCCGGCUGGAGGCGCAGAAGGCCGCGGGGGGCGAGGAGGAGCGGAGCGGGCGAGCGGUGUUUCGCGCCUUCCGCCGUGCCAACGCGCGCUGCUUCUGGAAUGCGCGGCUGGCGCGCGCCGCCUCGCGGCUGGCCUUCCAGGGCUGGCUGCGGCGAGGGGUGUUGCUGGUGCAAGCGUCCCCCGCCUGUCUGCAGGUGCUGCGGGACGCCUGGCGGCGCCGGGCGCUGCGCCCGCCGCGCGGCUUCCGCAUCAGAGCGGUGGGUGAUGUCUUUCCAGUGCAAAUGAAUCCAAUAGCUCAAUCUCAGUUUGUACCUUUGGCUGAAGUUCUUUGCUGUGCUAUAUCUGAUAUGAAUGUGGCUCAGACUGUAGUAACACAGGAAUCACUUUUGGAGCAUUUGAUGAAACAUUACCCAGGGAUUGCAAUUCCAUCUCAAGAUAUUCUCUACACUACUUUGGGAACUCUGAUUAAAGAAAGGAAGAUUUAUCAUACUGGAGAAGGAUACUUCAUAGUUACACCUUGGACUUACUUCAUUACAAACACAACCACCCAGGAAAAUAAGAGAGUCUUCCUAUCAGAUGACAGUCGCCCAGUGCCAACUUCCGUGACAUAUCUAGUGAGCAUGGAAAGCUGUGCAGAGUUAACCCAAGAGAUUGCUGUCCCCAUUUCCCAUUGUCAGUCUUGCCGGUGUCACCCUGAUAUGUGCACUCAGAAUGUUCAGGAACCACCAACGGCUGCAGGAGUGACUAGAAAAGGCCAGAAACAUCUUGGGGAAGUCAAGCCUUGGGCACAGAAUGGGACACUUUCAGGGUCUGAGGAGCUUCCUGUCUGUGAGAGCACCAAACCUUUACCAUGCACAAGGGACAGAGAAAAAGGCAAGAAGUUUGGUUUUAGUUUCUUGUGGCGCAGCAUAUCCAGAAAGGAGAGACCCAAAACAGAACACAGCAUUUUCUCUGCUCAGUUCCCACCGGAAGAAUGGCCUGUGAGAGAUGAGGAUAACUUGGACAAUAUCCCUCGAGAUGUUGAACAUGAGAUAAUCAAACGAAUUAACCCCAUUCUGACUGUUGACAACUUAACCAAACACACUGUUCUAAUGCAAAAAUAUGAAGAACAGAAAAAAUAUAACAGCCAGGGCACUUCCACUGAUAAGCUGACAAUCAGGCAUAACUAUCCUUCUAAAGAGGGAGUUAAGAAAAGGCAGGGUUGGUCUGCAAAGCCUCGAGGGCGAAGCUAUUCUUCUAGGGAUAGACACAAAGCUAGGAAGCAGGGAAGUGAGCUUCAGCCAGGAAUCAUUAGACUGCAGAAACAUCCCGAGCUCCCUACUACACAGCCCACCCCUAGAACUAAAAGCCCCAAUGAAGCAGUAGUUCAGAAGCCACUUGGUGAGAAUCUAGCAGUGCUGGGUUCCCAUUUGAUUUACAAAAAGCGAAUCAGUAAUCCUUUCCAGGGUUUGUCUCACCGAAGAAGCCUGAUAAUCAAAGGACACAACAUUCAGAAGUCUAGUGAUCUAAAACCCAGUCAGCCUGGACCAAAGGAAAUGCCUUUCCAAAGGUCAAGGUCUUUGGAUUCCUCAAGAAUCUUUGAUGGUGAAGCCAAACGGCCACAUGCUGAACAAUGUAAUGAUAAACUUAAAGCAGAAUCCAUUUUUAUGAAUAACUCUGCUGUCAAACCCAUCAGUCAUGACUUCAGAGAUCAUCUUUCAAAUAACCCUCAAUGUAGUGUUUUGCAAAAUAAUGGUAAAUGCUGUGCCUUUAAGGGAAGCAUGUUGAGAUAUGACAUGUGUGAUGGAGAAAACAAGAUAAUCCCCGAAGUCUUGAGGAAAAGUCAUUCCCACUUUUACAAAUUAGGGGAGACCAAAGAAACACUGCAUAUCCCGCCAUCGCAAGGUUCUUGCUCUUUAGAUCAGACAUCCUCUGCUUGUGGAUUCAUUGAUAAGACAAUACACCAGUUUCAAAAUCUUAGCCUUUUGGAUUACUCAGUUGAUGUGAACCAUUUAAGACAACCUGACAGCCAAGACAGAGAUUCAGAAGAAUUAAUGAGAAAGGAAUUUGUCCGGGAUGCGGAGACAGAGAACCUAACAAAUGAAGGGCUUUCUGAUGAAGACCAGGCCUUAUAUCAGAAUGAAGUGGAAGAUGAUGAUGGUGCCUGCAGUUCGUUAUAUCUAGAAGAGGAUGACUUUUCUGAGAAUGAUGACUUAUGUCAAAUGCUGCCUGGCCACAUUCAGUAUUCCUUUAUAGGUGAAAGCAAGGGGAAUUAUUUAGGAAAACAAAAAGUGACUGAGGAAUCUCUGACAGAGUACAGUAACAAAAUGGAUAGGUUUGAGCCUCAGGUGCUUAAAAGAAAUGAAUGUUACAAAGCUUCUAGGUCACUUGCUAACCUAGGGGAAGGCAAAAAGCCUAAUUUCUCUGCUGAAAGCUGUGGCCCAAAUUCAGGGACCCAGUUUUGUUUUAACUAUGAAGAAGAACCCAGUGCUGGUAAAUGUGUCCAGGGCUCAGAAGCUGCUGAUGGAAGUCUAUUUGAUUACCACAGUACAAGAAAAGCCAGCUCUGAAGUUGAAACCCUACAAGACUCUGUUGAUGACACAGAAAAGAAACCAGUUAGCUGGAGUCAGAGUCCUCAGAAUCAGGAAAUGAGAAAACAUUUCCCACAAAAGUUGGAACUUUUCAAUACUUCACACAUGUCAGUGUUGGCUCAGGACAUCCAACAUGAACACAGUCACUUGGAAGGAAUGGAAAAUCAUAGCAUGGCAGGGGAUAGUGGAAUAGAUUCUCCACGGUUUCCAUUUCUACACCUACCCCAUGAACCUAUGGAAAAAGGAUCACCAACAACUGUUUCGUCUUUGAUUUUUGGACUGGACAACUUUCUUAGUCAAGUGAGGAAUCUAAAGUCUCUUGUGGCUCUAGCCACAUAGAGAUACCAGUACCAGUGAAAUCCAUCUAAUUUUGCUGGGGAUGCAUCAUGACACUCUCUAUUUAGAUGCAUUAAAUGAAGCAAGAUGUUACAAAACCAAUAAAUUUCUACAAAACUCAUCAUAUAACACAGAUAUUAAACACAGGAAUAUGAGCUAUUAAAUUGUCUCCCAUCCAAGUACUAACCAGGCCCAACCCUGCUUAGCUUCUGACAUCAGACGAGAUUGGGCACCAGCUAUUAAAUUGUCAUUUGACUAGCUGGGUGAGGUGGAAAUGCAUAUAGCCCCAGGUACUUGGGAGGCUGAGGCAAGAGGAUCACUUGAGCUCCAGAGUCUGAGGUUGCUGUGAGCUAUGAACAUUCUAGCACUCUACAGAGAGGGACAGAGUAAGACUCUGUCUCAAAAAAAAAAAAAAAAUUGUUUGGGAGAUCAUUCAAUAAAAUAGAUAACCUGCAUUUCUCCCCCAAUAAUAAUUGCUUUUUGGUGAAAACUAGCUCUUUGUCUUUCUUCUUGUGGUCUAUUCUCUAGUGAGAAAACUGUUUACUUCCGACAGCUUGAUGAUCUGAGUUAGGAGUCAGUCACAAGUCUGAAUCCCAAUUCUAAUCCUUGGUAGCUGUAUGAUGGAGCAUGUUACAAACUUCUCUAAUUUGUUUUCUUCAUCUGUAAAAGGGAGAUUGUAAUAUCUACCUUAUAGGAUUGUUUUGAGAUUUGGGAGUAAUCUAUUAAAAGUGUCUUCAAGCAGCUAAAGCACCAGCCACAUACACCUGAGCUGGCGGGUUCGAAUCCAGCCCGGGCCCGCCAAACAACGAUGGCCGCAACCAAAAAAUAGCCAGGCGUUGUGGCGGGUGCCUAUAGUCCCAGCUACUUGGGAGGCAGAAACAGGAGACUAGCUUGAACCCAGGAGUUUGAGGUUGCUGGGAGCUAUGAUGCCAUGGCACUCUAACCAGGGCGACAAGCUUGAGGCUCUGUCUCAAAAAAAAAAAAAAAUGUCUAAGGUAGGAGCUGGGCGUUGUGGUGGGUGCCUAUAGCCCCAGCUACUUGGGAGGCUGAGGCAAGAGAAUCACUUAAGCCCAAGAGUUUGAGGUUGCUGUGAGCUGUGAUGCCAUGGCACUCUACUGAAGGUGACAUAGUAAGACUCUGUCCCCCACCCCAAAAAAGAAAAGAGGGUAGUGACUGUGGCUUAGUGAGUAGGGUGCCGGCCCCAUAUAACGGAGGUGGUGGGUUCAAACCCGGCCCUAGCCAAAAACUGCAAAAAAAAAAAAGAAAGAAAGAAAGAAAAGAAAAAGUGUCCAGAUAGGAAGUACUUACUACCUACCAUUUUAUAAAUGUAUAUAUGUGUAAUUUUAAUAUAUAGUCAUUAUACUUGCCUGAUAAGUAAAUAUAUGGCUUGCUAUAUAAGUACCCUGUUUUUGUCAGGUUGUCCGUAAUUCUUCCAUUACAGAUUUAGUCCUUUAGGUAAAGAUUAUAGAAUGUAUCUUCCAUUGAAAUCCAUGUAUGCCUAGGGAAGGUAACAUGCCUUUAGGUAACAAGUUUACAGUUAAUGCUUUAUUUUAUAAAUAGGAAUAAGGCAUGCAAACUAUGGGCUUAUUGUAGACAUUCAUACAUCUAUGGGAUAAGAUACUGCUUAUCCUUUCUUUUUCCUUUUUUUUUUUGCAGUUUUUGGCAGGGGCAGAUUUGAACCCGCCACCUCCGGCACAUGGGGCCGGUGCCCUACCUUGAGCCACAGGCGCUGCCCUACUUUUCCUUUCUUAUCUGGGAGCUCAAGACUCUUCCUAGGAGUGCUUAAAGAAUAGUUGGGUUCUUUGUAAGCUGUUUCUAAUAUUUAAAAAGUCCUAAUAGAAAUUGUACAUUUCCUUUGCCUGACUCUAACUCCUUGCUAACUAAAACAGUAAGUUCCUUUGCCAGUG